AUGUCCUCCGACAACUCCCCCUCAUCUGCUGAAAACACCCUCGUCAACGAACCAGCCUCGCUCCCUAGUUACCUCCGCUCUCCCACCGUAUCAGAAGCAGGAGACUUCGAAGCCAUACUCUACAACCAAGACGUUCCCAUGCUCAGCGCGAGGGGACAAGAGUAUCAAAGGUAUCAGGCUCAACUCGACGCUGACGAGGCAGAAGAAGCAGCUGCGGCGCAAACCCCCAGAUCCCCCGUCAUAGAUAUAUCCACAUCAUCGUCAUCUUCCCCCUCGCCACCCCCUCUAAUUCAUGAAGCUAACGAAGGCGUCGUCUUCCCGGACAGGGAGACUUACCUCACAACUCCCGUCGCGUACAUGAUGGGACUUAUUGAGGGGACGCCUAACACAGAAACCUUUGAGAUUCCUUUCAUCCUGCCGACGACCCCACCCCCUCUACCGAGUAUCACAUGCCUACCACGGCUGUGGUAUCUCGUGCCUCGUCUUCGGCCUCAAAUGGCGCUCCGCUUCGCCCAAUGCCGGGGACUUACCCUACAAGGACUGACAGGGAGCGAGACGUCUAUCGGUUCGCACAAGUCUCCCCCCGUUAUCACAUCAUCCCCGCGCGUCUUGGCCUCGUCCGCUCUUCGACACGAACCCAACCUCCCCUCCCCUUCACUGAAUACGACUCUAGCGAGUCCGACACCGCGCCCAUUAUACUCCGUCCUCGUGGAGCCUAGAAAGCGACAGACGCCCUCGUCUGGUAUGACGUAA